AUGUCUGCCUUUGCAGCCUCUGAUGAUCCCGACGCCCUCGACUACUCUUACAUGGAGCCCGACCCCGCGACCACCACCCCUCCCAUCGGUCCCCCAUCGCAAUCAAUGAGCUCCGACCCCGAAGCCUCCCACAGCCGCAGCCGCUCGAACAAUCCCUUGCUCGGUGAUGACAACCCGCUCGUGUCCGAGCUCGAGCAGGAAGUGCUGGACGAAUAUUCUCGCUUACUCCGGAAUGUGAACCAGCUCUCCGAGAAGAUUGGUGAUCUCGCCGGCUCCCCGGCCUCAAUGACGCUUGACGGUCUACGUUUGCUCGAGCGGAAAACUGCUACUGUCUGCACGUUGCUCAAGGCUAGUGUGUAUAGCAUCGUGUUGCAGCAGCAGAUUUGGAAUGAAAGUGAGGAGCAGCAACAGCAGCAGCAGCAGACUGAGCAAGAGCAGCAAUUUCAGGACCAGGAGUAUCAGCUUGGCGGGGGUUAUGAGGGGGAGGGUGAUGUUACCUUCCAGUGA